GCUCACUACCGGUACCUGGAAGCUCUUACUACUCUCUUACAUUCCAACUUACCGCCGCCUCAGUUCCCGCCACGACACGUCUAGCAUAAUCGGCCAUGGCCACAGGGGAGGUUCUUUGCCAAAGCAACUGGUGUCCUGACCAUAUGAUUUGCCCAGAUGUACAUGCACACUGUGUUUUGGAAGCCGAAACAGAGAGUUGCUCAACUGGUGGUGCGAGCUCCGACGGCGCCGGGCCUCGCUCACCAGAACGGGAAGAGUCAUCAGCACCAUCAAGCCCAACAUAUUGUAGCGAGGUGCACACUACUGCCGUGACACCUCGCUACCCGCCUGGUGACAGCCUAUCGUCUGGUUCUCGGCCAAGUACACCGCCAAGGACUCGCAAGGAAAUUCUCGCGGAGUCCGGGCUACUACAUUUAGGCAUCGGGCAGGAACUCGCCGCGUUGCAAUUGGAGCAGUGCUUAGGCAUUAAGCGCCAAGCAGCGGAAAGUGCGCGCGGAAGUGAAAGCGCCAGCACCAAGCCUGGGGAGCAGCACCCUGCAGCUUCCUGCACGCUAGAGCCGAUUGAGAAUGGAUUACUCGGCGGCCCGGACGGCCUAUGUUGCAGACUGUUGCCUUCGCCGGCAAGUGGGGUCCUGGACGCGCAAACAUCGGACGAGGGCGAACAGCUACAAGGACAAAUACAGGCAACAGAAACGAAAGCUGAGGAGCGGGGGCUUUCACAACUAGCAAACGGCGCGCAGGGGCCCGCUGUCGGGUUGCAGAGCUUACCAUCGCAGGGGGCAAAGUUUACCCCGCAAGAGUUACAGGAGGCGAUUCUGGUGGAGAAUCCGCAGCGAUUUACGCUGUUUCCAAUUCGCUAUCCCGACCUCUGGGAGUUCCACAAGCGGGCUGUGGCAUCCUUCUGGACCGUAGAGGAGGUGGAUUUCACUGGAGACCUGCGCGACUGGGACCAGCUUAAGCCCGAGGAGCAGCACUUCAUCAAGUACGUGCUGGCCUUCUUCGCGGCCAGCGACGGCAUCGUGAUGGAGAACCUGGCUGCUCGCUUCAUGACGGAGGUGCAGGUGCCCGAGGCGCGCGCCUUUUACGGCUUCCAGAUUGCCAUGGAGAAUGUGCACAGCGAGAUGUACAGCGUGCUGCUGGACCACUACGUGCGGGAGUCGGAGGAGCGCACCAAGCUGUUUGACGCCAUCCACUCCAUCCCCACGGUGGGCAAGAAGGCGGAGUGGGCCAUGCGCUGGAUCAGCUCCAGCAACUCGUUUGCGGAGCGCCUGGUGGCGUUUGCGUGCGUGGAGGGCAUCCACUUCUCCGGAAGCUUCUGCGCCAUCUUCUGGGUGAAGAAGCGCUGCCUGAUGCCCGGGCUGUCCUUCUCCAACGUGCUCAUCUCGCGCGACGAGGGGCUGCACUGCGACUUUGCGUGCUGCCUGUACAGCCACCUGAAGCACCGCCUCACCAGGGAGCGGGUGCUGCAGAUCGUGGACGAGGCGGUGCGGCUGGAGGCGGAGUUCAUCACGGAGGCGCUGUCGUGCGAGCUGCUGGGCAUGAACGCGACCAUGAUGUGCGAGUACAUCAGGUUUGUUGCCGACCGGCUGCUGCUGUCGCUGGGCUACGAGAAGCACUACCACGCUCGCAACCCCUUCGACUGGAUGGAGAUGAUCAGCCUGCAGGGCAAGGCCAACUUCUUCGAGCGGCGCGUGGGCGAGUACCAGCGGGCGGGUGUCAUGGGCAGCAGCGGCAGCGGGGCGGGCGGGGCAGCCGGGCCCGGGCAGGCCAGCCGCAACGCCUCGGAGUACGUGUUCCGAACGGAUUGCGACUUUUGAGAGGGGCGGCGGCAGCAUGGGUGGGGGUAGGGGUACCAGGCAGGGGUAGGGGGCGGGUCUUGAGAGCGGUGCAUGGGUGUCAGGGGGGCAACGCGACUGAAGGGCGGCCGCUGCAGUAGCGGUGCCAGCAAAGCACGGUUGUGAGCCAGUCCCCGGCAGUUGGGGAACGGAAGAGAGGAAGAAUGCGGAAGGGGAUGGCUUCUUCCCGGAAAGGGGAGCAGAGCUCUGGGAGAAUGGAGGGAAGAUGGGAGGGGAGGGACUGCAGGACUGCAAACGUUGAUGCGCUGAUUCCGUGAGGUUGUCCGGAGGUGUGCGGAGCGUGUUGGUGCGGUAUAGAAGUUCGGGCUGGUCGGGAGGAUCAUGUGUAUUGCUGUUGUGCGCAGUGAGCGGCAUUGCCCGGCGAGGUUUGCCCCUUGGAGUCGUUAAUUUUUUCUUUGUUGUCGACAGCAGGAGGAAGAGGUUACACCUGGAGUGGCUUUGAAGAUCGUCACAGUUGCUAGGAAGGAGAGCCAGUACAGCAGCAGCUAAGAGGCAGCAGCAGACGAGGCGGGUGUUGACACGCUGUUAGGCAGUGAGGCAGGCAGCUUGGUAGAGAGGGAGAGCGCCGGAUGUGUCAAAACGCAACAUAAGGACCGUUUCGGCUGAAUGUCUUGUUGCAGGCGAGGACCUACCACUUUCCCAUCAGUUGAUGCCCGCGUUGGUGUUGUUGUCAACCCGGAACAUGUGUUGGGCAUUAUGACACUCAGUUGCUUUUUUGUCCCGUUGCGUGUUGACAAAUGACAUGACAGCAGGAUUAGGUUACAAACACUCCGGCCGGCAGUGGCCCUACUUUCGUGCAUUAGCAGGUUGGGGAUGACAGGACUCUUGCGUGUUAAGAUUGUGGCGUGUCCUGAUUAACACUAUAUGCGUGAUACUUGGUCAAGACGUCAUGGGUGGAGGUCCAUGCUCACGGCAAAUCGCGUCUAGGGCGUUGCUCUUGCUUGUUUUGCCGUUAAGCCCCGAGUUGUGUUUUGCUUCGUGUAUUUCUCAUAGAUGGGUAGCGGCAAGUGAGCGCCUUGGGGUGGGUGGUGUUCUUUCUGUUUGGCGAAAUGCCAUGGCACGGCAUGUGUCUUAAGGGCUGAACAAGCGAUUCCCGCUAUCGCCCAAGUGUGCCGUGAAGACUGUGUGAAAGGCAUAGCGUCUGAGCGACAUGUGUGUUAUUUGAGUGGCACAUGUGCGUAUGUGUGUGUUUUGGAGGUCUAGUGUGUCGGUUGUGUUCAUCUGGGGAAUGCCGUACGGUCUUUCCUUCUUUCCAAGUAUUAUAACGAGUAUUGUCUUUUGGCUUGCAGCCAGCAGGGUUGCGGUCGUUAGGCUUUUGAGGCGUACAAAGCCGGAGUUUGCAGGUCCGUUGUAUUCUUGGGCUAUAGGUGUACCGGCAAAUUCCAUACGCACGACUUAUCAUGUCGGCUGUACCGGUAUUCAUGCGAAUGUUCCCUUCCUGCACAUGGGUGUGCUGACGCCCGUAUUUGUACGACGCUCUCCUCCUUUGUCGUGAGGGGAGGUCCAUUCAUCCCUUGUUCCUUGGGACUGCGCCGGCCUGUGUCGCCUGCUCUGACAUUUGCGCGGCACGCAGACGUGCGUGUUGUAAGGGAUUCAGUGGGCUUCAUGAGGCUGGUGCAUUGUCUGGUUUCUCCCGCCUUGCUUCCUGUCUAGGGCUGCAGUGUCCUCAGUAGGGAUCUCCGCUGAUUAACGGGUACCCAUUGGAAUCGCAUGCAGCGGGGUAACAUGACAUGCAGUUAUGGGGGGCGGUAGGCCGGUAGGCCAAACCUCAGAUCAGCCAAGAAGCCUACCAGGAUUCCUCCUUUGGCGAUUGUUUCGCAGGCACCUUACCUCCUCGCAGUCCUAGUUAAGGUUAUGCGUGUGUCCAUUAGGGGCAUCAUGUGCCCCUUGCGCGUUUGCCUUGUGCUAGAUUCACAGCACCUGGUUUCGGAGGCCCGCAUGCCUCCAUGGGUUGAAACCUAUUUCGUCGCUACGAAGCGAAGUGAAUUUGCACAUGUUCCUGUAAACUCGGCAACCCGGGCUAAGUUGUCGCUUCGGGGCUAGAAUCGAUGCAACGGAAAAUCCAGGGGCCUGAACAACAUCCCCAGCAGGACAACCCUAAAAGGAAGGAAACACUGGCGACUAAUUUGUGACUAUAAUAAAAACACGGAUUUGAUCAUGUUGUUUAGUAGAACAGCGCUCUGCGUGAUUUCUGUCUUCACCCUAGUCGCUCUGCAAGGCAGCAGCUCAGCAGGAGCCGAGCAUAUCCGACCCAAAGCCACCUAUGGUGAUCCCCCAGACCCAGGCCUCGGCUCUCCCCUCUCAGCAUGGUACCUAUCGCUCAAGACCAGCAAAGGCUACUGCGGUCUGGUGCCCGCUGCUGCUGCAACCGGCGGCUACGGCUACGCUAUCGCAUGCAACAACAAGGCCCCCCAAUACGACGCUCAGUUCUCGCUGAUCCUGCCGCCAACAGCAGCAGCAGCAGCAGUGGAGCUGCCGCCAACAGCAGCAGCAGCAGCCGCGGCUGGUUCUGAAGCGGGUUCCAGCGGAAAGAGCAGCAGCGGGUCCCGGGUAGCCUCGCAGCUCAUGUCUGGAGGGCGAGCUAGGCUGCUGCGGCGGCUGAUGGGUCGUCUUGGCAUGAGUCCGCACGUCAGCGGCGGCAUGGGCGUUAAUGGCGACAACGGAAAUGACGACAGUGACAGCAGGCUCGACGGAGCAUUGCAGAAGCCAAACUCAAAGGCUAUGGCAGCUGCAAGUAUGCCGGUAGCUACUGCAUCCGUCGGAACAGCAGCGGCAGCAAGAAUCGCAGCAGGAACAGCAGCAGCAGCAGCGGCAGCAGGAGAGGCCCAAGGGGAUAACGCUGGCAUGGGUACGGGUCCGCAGGCUUUCAGGGACCCGUCGGACCCCCUCAUCAUCUCCAGCGGUCGCCCGGUGCGGCUGCUGGUCCGCAGCUCUGGACUGUGCAACACCCCGCCGCCCCCGCCACCACCACCUGCCCCGCCACCGCCUGCUUCGGUGGCGGCAAUCCCUGGGGAAUCGGCUUUUGUAUCGUCAUCCUCCUCCUCCUCCUCCUCCUCCUCCUCCUCCUCCUCCUCAUUAUCAUCAAUAUCGUCAUCAUCAUCUUGGAUUUCGAUAUGGUCCUGGGCAGGCAAGGUGGUCACGCGGCUUGCCAAUUGCCUAGCAGCAGCUGUAGCACCUGCAGCUGCAAUGCGGUACGGCAGCAGUAGCAACAGCAACAGCAACAGCGGCUCCAAUCGGUUAAGCGACCUGACGCCGCGGGCGGUCACAUGCUCCCUGGCGCAGCCUUCGACGCUGACGUUCCGCAUCUACAAGCCGGAUUUGAAGGACGGGCAAGAUGUGGAUCUCGCGAAGGAGUGGGUGUACCUGUUGGAGGGGGACAAGUUCUGCACUCUGGCGGAUGUUGCUGGCAUGAGCGCCGUCAUCUCAUGUCACCUGGACGCCCCCGGUUGGUCCGGGUACAAGUUCCAACUGCAACAACUGUCGUACCCGCGAUCCCAACUGAAUUCGUUGAUGACGGGAGGGGCUUGUGCCGUACGAGCAUCUGCGCUGCCAGGGCCGCACGACAUUGAAUGUCAGUGGGGAUUCCAACCGCCGCGAGCUCGGGGAGAUUGGGUUCCGGAGCUAGACCUCAUGCUACAGACCCCUGGGUCAGCCCUGACGGGUGGUGUCGUAUUAGCCCUGUCUACCUUCAGCCCUGGUCUCACGGGCACGGAGCAGCAGCGCUGUUGCGCGCUGGGAGCCUCCCCGCACAUCAUCGUGUGUGAGACGCCGGGGACUGGCGGUGUGGCCAAUGAGUGCUGGUUUCAGUUGUACGACGUCAAGUUGAGCAGCAACAGCGGCAGUAGCAAGUUGAGCAGCGCUGAGACGAGUAGCAGCAGCGGCAACAGCACUGGCGCGAGCAGGGAUGAGCUGACUGGCGCUGGCGUUACGGACAGCAACAACGGCCAUGGCAAAAUAAAUCGCCGAGGUGGCUUUUGGCGGGCAUUCCUGCGGGCUUUUCAGGCCGAGCUGUCGCCAAGUGGUUUGGAUCCAGAUUUUUCAAACACGGACAAUCCGCAGCAGAGGGAGCUGUCGAUACCCACUGUUGAAGCACCUGUUGCCAUAAACCACGAGGAAAAGGAGGUGGAAGAAGAAGAAGACGAGGCCGUGCUUAUGACUCCAGAGCUGUUGGGUGCCUCAGCCCCGCUGACUGACGGCACCCUGGUCAUGCUCUACAGCAAGGCCUUCGGACGCUACUGCUCCGUAAGUUUGGAUGGGACGCUGUUGUGUGUGAGCGCACAGGUGUCCAACGCAUCCCGCAACCUCUUCACGCUGCGGAUGCCGCCACUGCCUCAACAGCUGCAGCCUUAGCAGCAGCAGCAGAAGCCGUAGCAGCAGGCGGGGGUGUUAGUUACGUCGUUGUCCGGACCAAGGGAGGUGCUGAUGAUUUGGGAAGGGUUAAAAGGGCACGAGGUGGCGGUGGCUAUGGAGGGUGAAGGGGAGGAUAGGAAGGAGCAGGAUGAGUGGCAGCGGCGGUGACUGGGAGGUGGAUGAAUGGACGGAACGGGGAAGGGAAAGGACGGUAGACGGCGGCAGCGAGUUGGCUGCUACAUGUCAAGGCGGCAUACCGGUACAUGUCGGCCAACUAUAGUAAGGUACUAGUGGACGGGAGAGGCGUGUGACAUGAUGCUUUACUUGGUUUUGCACUGUUGCAAGCAGCAGAGAUGCUGCUGCCUCAGUUAGUUGCGGUUGUGGGGUCAGAGGUGAGGGUGACCACGUGAAACAUGUUGGUGUAUCUGUUGGUAAACGGCUUCCACGACUAACAAUGGAAACAUACGGCGCGGAAGGGGGCCCAGGAGGCGGCUACGAAGGGGUGACAGUUGGUGGUACAUGAGCGUUUGUAGGUGUGUGUGUGAUUAUGUAUGCAGGUUGUGUGCAUUUGUGUCUCGUAAGGCGUCGAACUUCCCUGCACUUCACAGCGACCUUUGCUGUAGCUGCGAUACGGCGGCAACAGGUCGGGAUGUGAAGCCCGGUACCACCCAUGCCCACCGUCUCUUUCAGACCC